CAGGGACGAAGAAAGUGGUGAAAAAUGGUGGAUAGAAUUUCUAAUAUACGUAGAAGACGGAACAGCUACAUGUACGAGCGGUACCAUGAACUGGCCACCGUGAAAAAGCACCUGGAAAUCAAUCAGAGCGAGAUCAAAGGUCAGCUGAACGGCCUGGUGGCCUUCAACAACCUGAACGACAUCCAGCAAGCUCUGAUAAACGGCUUGACACACGUUUUAAAUGAUAUCACCGACGCCCAAUUCGACGUCCUUUUCCUGGCCUCAGCCGUCAGGGGCGACUUCCAAGCUCUUAACUUGCUCCUCAACCGUACGUCCCCCAUGUCUCCAACGUUGCCAGACAUCCAGUACAGGAAACUGAACGCACUGCACUUGGCCAUAAUUUUCGGACACAGUGCAUGCGUCGAAGCGUUCCUGGUAAACGAAGACCUGAGGUACCUGUGGCUCAGCACCAAUUACCAAGGCUACUGGCCCCUGCACUUGGCCAUGUUCUACAAAUGCGCAGAGAGCGUCGAAGUUAUUUUGAAUUACAUCAGACACGAGUUGGAGAUAAACAAAUGUUCCACGAUUCAUCCAUACGUUGCUCCUCUGCACAUCGCCGCUAUGUUGGAUUUUUCUGCCGGGGCCAAAAUCCUUUUGGAAAACGGUGCUGACUCUGAGGUCAUCCUCAGGACGGAAUCGUACACGCCACUACACCUGGCGGCCCUUUAUGACAACACCCUAACCGCUGAGGUUUUGCUCCUGAUGGGGGCCAACCUAAAGGCGACCACCCCUGAAGGAAUGUCAGCCUUGUCUCUAGUCGAGAUCCACGUUCCGAAAGCGUUGAACAGCAUGCUUGACUCGUGCAUCAAGCUGGAGAACUCCAAGGAGUACAGAAUUGUCACCAUUGACACGAAAGUGCUGAUGGAGGAGCACGACUGCCUGAGGACGUCCUUGCUGAGCUAUUUUGCGAGUUCGAAUAGCGUCGACUGUUUGCGGCAUCCGGUUUGUAGAAUCGUGGUUGACGAUAAGUGGGCUAAGAUCAGGAAGUGGUUCACGCCACACUUUGUUGUUAGCCUACUGCUUCUUUUGUGCACGACCAUCACCAUCUUGGCCUUCCGGACCUGCCAAUGCACUUUACCAGACUUAUCAAACUUUUCAAGCUCCCUGCGAUGCAAGAACAAAGGCUGCUCAGUUAUUUUUCCUUCAAACAAUCAAUUCGCCAUGGUUAUCGUCCAACUGGCCAGAGCCAUAUCCAUUCCCCUUCUAUUUUACCAAAUCGUCAGGAAAUUAGUAGGGAUUUUUGUCCUUUCUAAAGAACCAACAGUGCUUCGAAAAAUUCUAAUUCACUUCAAGACAUUUCACAACGUGAGUGACUGGUUGUGCAUGAUUUUAUUCCUAUGCGUUAUCCUCACUGAUCCGCAAGACACUCCCUUCUUCCAAGAAAUUAGUCCAUUCAUAGUUUUACUAUCGUGGUUCAACAUUGCGUCCCUGCUGGAAAAACUGCCUUGGUUCGGCACCUACAUCUCCAUGUUUGACAUCGUCAUGAAGGAGUACCUCACCGUGUUAACAGCCUAUUUUUGGCUGUUCAUCGGUUACGCCGUGACGUUUUUCAUAAUUUUCCAAAACAAGUCUCAAUUCAUGAAUCCCCUGACGGCACUUACAAGGAUUUUGGUGAUGAUGGCGGGCGAGUACGACUACAACGACCUUUUCACUACGAAAAACGUCACCACAGCCAACGUCACCAUCACCAGCAACUUAACAAGAAACUCUAACUUGAGCAACAACCUUUCAGUAGUGACUGUCCAGAUAAUUUUCAUAAGCUUCAUCUUAUCAAUGCCGAUUAUCCUGACUAAUUUACUGAUCGGCAUAGUUGUUCAUGACGUGACAGAAAUCAAGAAAAAUGCGAAAAUUGCAACACUGUGCAGAACCAUCAAUCUAGUCGAGCACUUGGAACUUUUCUCCGAGACGGUUCUGAGCAUUUUUGGUGCGAACAGAGGAAGUUGCUGUCCGAUGGAGGGUCGAUCAGAUGAUUUUUUGAUUGUAAAGAGAGUGUCUUGCGAAGCGCGAACGAAAAAUGAGGCUUUACAAGAAGCAGUUGUUAUUGCCCUGCACAACUCGGCAUACGGAACUUGAAUAAAGUAACAUAUAAAAUCAGAAAUAUAUUGUAUAUAAAUAAUUUUUAUUUUAUCUAAUCAAUAUAAAAUUAAAUAUAUUUAUUGAAAAAUAUAUUACUAAAUAAAAUAUGUAAAAAGUGUUCAUUUGAAAAUUUUCAUUAUUUUAAAAAUAUUUGAAAUUCAAUUUACGAGACUGAAAAUUUAAACUGUUAAAAAUCAAAGCUACUUUGUUUAAAAAUUUAAUACCGAUGUACAUUUAAAUUAAUGUUAUUUUUCUUUCCUUGACGCUUCAACAAUGGAAACAUAAAAAUAAAUUUUUUGUUAUAUUUCAAAUAAUGGGCUUAUAUCAGUGCAAUUAUUUAAUUCAGUGUAUUAUUGUUGCUUCUAAUUGUAAAAGAAAUUACUAAUUGUAAGAUUACGUUGGCCCUGAUUAGCAUGCUACCUUGUAGCAAAUGCACGUGUUAAUUUGUUCUAUUGUUCGCCGCUCGUCAAUGGAAUCUAAUUAGUGCCUAACGGUUGGAUGCAAAAUUGCCGCAGAAAAAAAAUUACAAUUGACUUACCUUUGAUCCCUCUGUCGUCAUCUUUCUCGUUGUUAUUAUCACAAAUGCCACCAAUUACUUCUGAAACACACAAAAUACAAAAAUCAGAAAUUAACACACACCUAAUUUUAUUUUCGCAAUUUCUUUUCCUCGUCGACUGAAUUAAAUUCUCGUGAAUGGAUAAUUUCGCGAUUGACACGUCGAUCACGCGCUCCUCU